GCCUCCGCCGGCGUCAGUCUGCCAGUCGGCUCGCUGCUGGCGCCGCGUCUGUCCAUCGAUCAGUCAGUCCUUGGACGCCCGCCCCAUGCUCGGUGGGUGGGCUCCCGGCUCCUGGAUCUCGCGGGCCGCAGACGGCAUGGAUCCUCUCUGCCUCAAUUGCUCCAUCCUCCCUGGAGACGGGCCCCUGGGUGCAAGGAGCUCGGAGACUUGCAAUGACAGCAGGGUCCUGGGGCCCUUUGAUCUUGAGGACUUGAACUUGACCCAUGAGGAGCUCAGGCUCAAGUACCUUGGACCCCAGCAGACAGAGCUGUUCAUGCCCAUCUGUGUCACCUACCUGCUGAUCUUCGCAGUGGGCACUGUGGGCAACGGGCUGACCUGCACGGUCAUCCUGCGCCACAGGGCCAUGCGCACGCCCACCAACUACUACCUCUUCAGCCUGGCCGUGUCGGACCUGCUGGUGCUGCUCGUGGGCCUGCCCCUGGAGCUCUACGAGAUGCGGCGCAACUACCCCUUCCUGCUGGGCACUGGUGGCUGCUACUUCCGCACGCUGCUCUUUGAGACCGUCUGCCUGGCCUCAGUGCUCAAUGUCACGGCCCUGAGCGUGGAGCGCUAUGUGGCCGUGGUGCACCCGCUGCGGGCCAGGUCCGUGGUGACGCACGCCCACGUGCGCCGCGUGCUCGGGGUCAUCUGGGGCCUCGCUGUGCUCUGCUCUCUACCCAACACCAGCCUGCAUGGCCUCCAGCAGCUGGAGGUACCCUGCCGGGGGACGGUGCCCGGUUCUGCCGUGUGCACCCUGGUCCGCCCCAGAGCCCUCUACAACCUGGUGGUGCAAAUCACCACGCUGGUCUUCUUCUGCCUGCCCAUGGCCACCAUCAGCGUGCUCUACCUGCUCAUCGGGCUGCGGCUGCGGCGGGAGAGGCUGCUGCUGCUCAGGCAGGAGGCCAAGGGCAGGGCCAGGACUAGCGACAGCCGCAGGCUCCAGGGGCUGCAGAAUAGGAAUCGGACGCAGGUGACCAAGAUGCUGUUUGUGCUGGUUGUGGUGUUCGGGAUCUGCUGGGCCCCGUUCCACAUCGACCGCCUCAUGUGGAGCUUCGUGUCCCGCUGGACCGGGGGCCUGCACGUGGCCUUCCAGUACGUGCACGUCCUGUCCGGCGUCUUCUUCUACCUGGGCUCGGCCGCCAACCCUGUGCUCUACAGCCUCAUGUCCAGCCGCUUCCGGGACACCUUCCAGGAAGCCCUGUGCCUGGGCACCCGGUGCCGCCACCGCAGGCCGCGCUACAGCUCCCACAGCCUCAGCAGGGUGACCGUGGGCAGCACCCUGGGUGACGUGGGCUCCCCGGGCAGCAGGGCCCACCCACUGGCCGAGAACGGGGGCUCAGAGGGGCAGCAGGUGACAGACCCCUCCUGAGAGGAGCCCAGGCAGCGCCACCCCAGGGCCCAGCUGUGGGGGCCACAUCUGCCUCCCCUGCAGGGGCGUCUUCAUGGUCUGACCCCCUUGUGCCCACUUAGCUUAGAAACUGAUUCCUGCCCCCACCUGUGGAUCAGAAGGACUAGAAGGUUGCUGUGGGCACUCCAGCCCCCAGACCCCGGGUUACGAUCCUGUGCCUGUAGGAACAUGGGCAUGGGCUCCAUCUGGGGACCCUGCACCCCACCCUGGUCUCUGAAGUGUUUCAGCAGGGCCCCACCUUUCCUUCCACUCCUCACCCGAACUUCUGCGAGUGCUGGCCCCUUCCGUCCGUCCGUCCGUCCAUCCGUCUCUAGCUCUUGGCCUCCACCUGGGCCCCUCCUCUGAUCUGCCCCCCCCAGUUGGCUUGUUCUGCUCUGGGAUCGUCACCUGGUGGAGCCGCUGGGUGACAGCUGUGCCAAGGAUCCAGGGGCCCUGGUUCCUAUCCCAGGCCCGCCGCCACCACCUCGCCCUGUGGCUUCAAGCAAACUGCCUCGCCUUACAAGUCCCUUGUUUGCAAGAUGAAGGGGACCCUGACCUUCUGCAGUGUCGCGCUUUGGCACGUUAGCUGUGGUUUUCCAUGUAUGUACAGAAGCCACUGCUUGUCACAAAACAGAUGCCCUCAGAUUAACAAGACGGAAAUGACUUGACAUCCUCGCCACCCCCCAGCCCUUACUCACCCCAAUCCCACGUGCUCGCCCCCCUCAAGAGCCACUCAGGAAACAUUCUCUGCUUGUUCUAGAGCAAGGGCCACUUGCCACCAACCAUGGGACCUCGUGUGAGCAGAGGCCCCUACCUGCCUCUGUCAUCACCUCCUCACAGACUAGUUCAAGGGCUCGAGGUGAGCAGGGCCUUGGGCCCAACCGGCCAGAGAACCUCUGGGGGCAAGAGACAUGGGCCCCACCUGGGCAAGUCCCAUGAGGACUGCUUGGGGCCCAGCGAGGUGAAGAGACAGAGGGGUGAGUCCUAAAGCAGAGCGCCCUCCUGAAUCCCCAUGGGCAGGUCGGCGCUCAGUCAGGACUCAGUGAAUGGCUGGAAUUUGUGCUGUUGCAGUCCUUGGACUCCGUCCUCCUGCUGAGAGGAGACAGCACCCUGGCCUCCCUGGCGGGGAACUGCAGGGCACCCAGGGAGCUGCUGGGCCUGCGGGCCGGGUCCUGCCUGCGGACUCCCCAGCUCAGGCGCCAGGUUCCCUGCCACGUACAAUGUCCUGGAGUUUCUGACCUUCGAUUCAAAAAUAACGAACACUUAUUUAAAAAAAACUGGCAAGUACACAUAAGCAAAAAUGAAAAGAGUUUUAAAUAAUUAAAAACCACCCUUGCUUGGGGCAGGGGAGGGGGAAAAUGGAAAGUGGUUUAAUGGGUAUAGUUUCAGUUUUGCAAGAUGAAAAAGUUCUGGAGAUUGGAGGCAAAACAGUGUGAGUAUGCUUGAAUGAUAUUGAAUUAUACACCUAAAUGGUUAAAACGGUAAAUUUUAUAUUAUAUGUAUUUUACCGCAACUUUUUUUUAAA